AUGUAAACGUGAGUAAAAUACUCGAAAUAAAACAAAUGAAAAACACAAAUUACGAAGAACGAAGAGACAACAACAACAAUAACAACAGAACAAGAAAAUACAGAAAGAAAAAGAUACACAAGAAAGCGAAUCUGUUAAACAAAACAGAGAAUAGCAAGAAAAAACAGUUUAAUUUCCAAACCAAACCUACCAUGAACCAUGAUCUCGCCACGCCUAUCUCGUGGGCGGUCCUUCGUCCUCGCCGUUGGCAUCCUUGUCGUUUUGGCCACGCCUACUUCACCCGCCCACAAGGACGAGAAAACAUGGGCGUAUCUUGCCAGAUACGACUCGGGCUUACGACCUAUGCGACCAUCAGCAGUGUCCGCUCAACAAACAAGCGAUGAUGGAGACCUGGACAUCACAGUGCUCAUCAACGUCACAAAAUUAGAAGUAACUGUGAAUGGACAAGUUAUAUAUGAGGCGCUCGGGGGGCCACAGAAAAUGGGGUACAAACGCCCUCAUUCGGGGCUGCAUAUCAUUGUCUUGCACCCCUGCGGAGGCCGAGUGAUGAGGACGCAGCGAUUCAUCACCUUCCAGCCGGCCGAGCACGAGGAUAUGGCCGAUCUCAUCACUUCGAUUCAGCCGGGGAGGGUCGUCAUUGCUGCGGCUGUGCCCGAAUGGCUCAUGUUCAUGGGAGAAGAAGGAGAAAACGCCUUGAAGAAUUUGGGGUUCACCUUCCCCUCGCGAAUAGCCUCGGCCGAGCCCUGGCUAGGAAUCGCCGUCACAGGUCACAGGGUCAUCGCUGAAGGGGUUGCGACAGGUCAGAUAGGUCAGCAUCCACCCGGGGCCUUGAUUUUUGCCGUGAGGGUGCCCAAGGUCUGCAGUGAAGGCAGGCGGUGCGACUGGUAUGCGGACGAGAAAUUGCAAAGUCAAGCAAAAUUCUGCGAACACUACGAGGGCUACGGUGACCUGUGUUCGUGUCGUGACCCUUUCACGGCUGAUGUCAGGUCAAAACAGGCUAAACUUAGGGAGAGGAAAGAACACAUUCCUGUGGUUGUGGUGACAGCUAACAAACCCAGACAUCUUUUUAGACUCGUCCGAAACCUCUUCACCGUCCAAGGCGCGUCCGAAACCGGCGUGGUCGUGGUCGUCGACGGUGUCCACGCAGAGACCCUGGCUUUAGGGGCGGUCUUGGGCGUGGAGGUCGUCGUCCACACGCCCGUAGGCACGCACAACGAACGCACGAACGCCAACGUACGCUUCGCUCUCUAUACCGUCUUCACGCAGUUCCCGGAUGUCGAUAAGGCGAUUCUUCUCGAAGACGAUUUGCUGUUGGCGCCCGACGUGCUGAGCUUCUUCCACCAGACGGCUUGGCUCCUGGACCACGACCCGACCCUCUUCUGCGUCAACGCCUUCAACAGCAACAGCCUCCCUGGAGUGGCGUCCGAUCCCACGAAAAUCCUGCGGUCUGAGUCCUUCCCUAUGUAUGGCUGGAUGGUCAGGAGGCAGUACGCGCUACAGGCCGUGCUGCGCUGGAUUCCGUAUGGGGUGGGCGAUUGGGACUUCUGGCUCAUGCGGGCCGACUCCCAGCGCGGACGAGACCUAGCUUCGCCCGAGGUCAGCCGCACCUUCCACGCAGGGUCAGCCGGAGCCCAUGUCGACGGUUUCGAGCAGCAGCUGUACUACGGGCGGAUGAUGAUGACGAGUGACCCGGAUGUCAAGCUGGAGAAUCUGACGAGUUAA